UGCAGCAGAAGGCCGAGGCGACUCUUACCGCUCAGGACUGUAAAACAAAGUUUACUCUGAAAACCUUCAGGGUGUGUUGUGCUGGUUUCAUGGCUUUCCUCACCAAUAUCACCAUCCUGCUGGUCAUGGCUUGUUUUUACCAUCAGCUGAUGUUGAGCAGCUGUCAGAAGAGCAAUGGACGGAGGGGAAGAGGGGUGGAAAGAGGACAACACAAGGACAGGUCAGGGUUAAAAUCGAGCCGUCAACCCAAAUCUGUCUCUGGACAGCCCAUUAAAGGCAAAGUGGUCACUAAAGACAAAUCCGAGUGUACCUGGGCAGCAACAGGUGAGGACCUCUUCAUCCUCGGUGUCACCUGCAAGAAGGGGGACAGGAGCUUCAGUUGUGAGUACAUUGCCAGACCGUCUGUUUGUCCCCAGUACGUUUCUAAUGUUAAACUGUACUGGAAGCAAAUGGCCAGGGCGCUGAAGAAGCAAAAGAAUUUGUGUCAGGACAGUAGUGCAUUGGUCAAGGCGGGUAUGUGCAGAAGAGCUGCCAGAGCUGCUCAUUUCAGUCUGCGUACUGAACAAAGGAAGACUGACCUGCCUUCCACCCCGAAGCCUGAACCCAGAGCUGUCAAAUCCUGUCAAGCUGAAAACAAGAAGCUGGCAGAGGAGUACUGCAAUGACUCCUGGUCAAGUGUGUGCACGUUCCUCUUUACAAUGGUGCAGGAUUAUGAUUGCUGAACUAAAAUAAAUGCAGCUCUC